UCUGUUUAAAUGAUAUGGAAGCAUGUGCCGCUCUUCAUUGGCUUAACUACAUGAUGUACUCACCAUAUUGGCAAUGCGUUCCUCAUAUGGCCCAUGGGCCCUUUCUAGCCUCAGUUCAGUAACAGGGUUUUCAGGGGUUUGGGGAUGGCGAGUAACAAGAGGCGCUGAAGGAGAGAGCCCCGUCGGCCUGCCCUGAUGGCCUUCAGUUUAUACGCACAUGCACUAGAAACCUACUGUAUGCAUAGUCUUAGGAUACGAGAGAUUACUUUGAGGCCCGCAGUAAAGCCCUGUCCUAUGUAGUCAUUUUCUGAAGAAGCAACAGCAAAAGUACUUGCCGUACUAGCCUUGGUCUCAUAAACGCAUGCUUAGGAAAGAGGUCGGGACGUGUAAAUGUGGAUGCGUGAAGAGCAAGAGGAUGUCAAUCAGGAUAUAAUGUAAAAUUGCAAAUCUUAUCCAGGAGGGACACUCUGAAUGCAGACAGCUGCUUCCCUAAAGGAUUUCACUGGCUAACCAGAGUGCCUCUGAGAAAAUGGGCUCCCCUCUCUGCGGUCCUGAGCACUCGUUUUGGGCACCGUCUCGUGGUGGUGGCAGGGGGCCUGCUUGUCAGCACGGGAAUGGUGACCGCCUCCUUUUCCAGGAAGCUGUACCACAUGUACAUUUCAAUCGGCAUCAUAUCCGGUUUGGGAUUCUGCUUUAGCUUUCUACCAACUGUCACCAUUCUAUCCCAGUACUUUGACAAAAGGCGCUCCAUGGUCACUGCAAUUGCUUCCACGGGAGAAUGUUUCGCUAUGUUCGCUUUCGCCCCAGCAAUCACGGCUCUGAAGGACAACAUUGGCUGGAGAUACAGUCUCCUCUUCGUGGGCUUGCUGCAGCUGAACAUUGUCGUCUGCGGGGCAUUGCUGAGACCGAUUAUCAUCAAAGGACCGGGGUCCCCGAAAGCAACCGCACACGAACACCGGAAAGAAGUGCAAUGCAUGCUCGAAAAUGAGAAAACACGCACCUCAAUAGAUUCCAUUGACUCAGGAGUAGAAUUAACUACCUCACCAAAAAAUGUGCCUAGUCACGCCAACAUAGAACUGGGGCCGAAGGCCAAUGUGCAGCUGGUGAAGGCCAGCUCCAAGCAGAGCGAUAAGAAAGCCCCUCUACUGGACUUCUCCAUCUUGAAAGACACAAGUUUUAUCUGUUAUGCGUUGUUCGGUCUUUUUGCAACCCUGGGAUUCUUCGCACCUUCCUUGUACAUCAUUCCCUUGGCCAUUAGUCUAGGCAUCGAACAGGACCGCGCUGCCUUCUUAUUGUCCACCAUGGCGAUUGCUGAAGUUUUUGGAAGGAUCGGGGCCGGCUGCAUCUUCAACAGAGAGCCCAUCCGGAAGAUCUACAUUGAGCUCAUCUGCGUCAUCUUAUUGACUGUGUCUCUGUUUGCCUUUACUUUCGCUACUGAAUUCUGGGGUCUGAUGUCAUGCAGCAUAUUUUUUGGGUUCAUGGUUGGAACGGUAGGGGGUACCCACAUUCCACUGCUUGCCGAAGACGACGUCGUGGGGAUCGAGAAGAUGUCUUCUGCGGCGGGAGCCUAUGUCUUCAUUCAGAGCAUAUCAGGACUGGCGGGACCACCUCUUGCAGGUCUGCUGGUGGACCAGAGUAAGAUUUACAGUAGAGCUUUCUACUCGUGUGCAGCUGGCACGUCUGUGGCUGCUGGGUGCCUCGCGCUUGUGAGACCUUGUAAAAAGGGACCAUGCCAGCGUCAUCCUGCAGGCGAGGCCCAGGCCGAGAAUCCUCGUGGGAAAGCUUUACAGGACAUACCCGAAGACUUUCUCGAAAUGGACCUCGGGAAAAAUGAGCAUAAAGUUCACGUGACCAUGGAGCCAGUAUGACAUGCUUUGCAGUAACGCCAGCCACCCUGUUGGCCGGGAGCUAACUGUUGAAGCAUUUCUGUAUUUCACAUGGGGUAGCAGAGACUUCGUAUUUUACCAUCGUACGUUACAAGUCGCCAUUUACAUCUUACAUAAACCUUGAUUGCUCUAAGUUGCCAGAGUUAUCAGGUCAACUGGUCAUUGUUGGUUUGGUUUUUUUGUUUGUUUGUUUGUUUUCGGAAUCACACUACAUGUAUAGAAUUUCUCAUGUUACCAUUUUUCCGUAAAGAGGGCAGGUGUGAGAGUCACAGGGGGGCUGCUUACUUACAUGUAAUGAAUCUCACUCUGCAGGUGAUGGUCCCUCACUGCUCUUUGAUUCAUCUUUACUGUUAAUUUAUGACAACUCAGGGGGAAAAAAUAUAACAAGCCUAGUUUGGUUACAGGUACACACAAGCUUGAAUAUUUCUCUGCACUGAAAUGAAAGUGGCGUAGUUCAUCACCACCUGCUACAUUUUGUAUAGCAUUUUAUCAGCCAUAGAAAUAGGACAAUCUGUAAAACUUUGGGGGGGUGGGGGAAAAAAUGACAAAGUGUCGAAAACAGACACACCUGGAAUGGUGGAUGUAAGCAAAUCUCUGUCACUGCUUGAAAAGGACUUUGAGCUUUGUGGCAGUUUUGCAGACUUACAUGACUUCAGCACUUUACAACAUUUUUUACUAUGAAUGUUCAAUACAAUUUAAUAUUUAUAACUGAUUUCUGAGCAAUCUGCCAUUCUGUUCACUGCAUGAAAAAAAAAUGUAUGCCAAUUUCAGUAUGUCAAUAAUCAAGGUUUUAAAUGUUUUGGAGAAAAUUAAAGCAGGAUUGCUGAUCUGUUCUGUAUUUGUGACAUUCUGGUAUUUCUACUAGAUAUGCAAUAAAUGUAUGGCUUUUUUUUUAUUUAAA